CACGAACCACUCAGAUUUCCGGGUGAUGUGGGGGAACCCCGUGGUGAAUUUUUGUUCUAUCGUGGGUACAUAGCAAAAAGUCAUAAGCAUAUCAAUAUGUCAUCAUAACGUGUUUGUACAGACACGGCGUCUUUUUAAAAACUCAAUGGCUUCAGGAUCAGAGCCGUCGAUAAACGGGGGUUCGUCUAUCCCGGGUGAAAACGAAUACCCGUCGGGUUUCCCUCAGAGCAUCUGUGAUGAGGUCCCGAAAGAGAAGUUUUUGUGCAGUAACUGCAAUAAUGUGCUGAAUAGAGCACGUCAAACGGUGUGCGGUCACCGCUACUGCCUGGCGUGCGUCAACUGGCUGCUUAGAAACAACAAAGACCUCGUGUGCACGAAAUGUAAAGAGGAUCAAAGCAUUGAAAGUGAUACUAGUGUACUGACACUUGACCAAUUUUUCAAUGAUGCGGCUAUUAAUAAGGAAAUUUUGGACCUGAAAGUUCACUGCGCUAACCAGGGCUGCCCGUGGAGAAGCACCCUGAAAAACUUUGAGGACCAUCAGACUCAGUGUGAAUAUGCCCUGAUUCCUUGUAACAUUGGCUGUGGCAUUAUGGUUCAGAGGAAAACACUGGCCACACAUCUGGAAAGAGGUUGCCCUAACAACAAGACUACAUGCACCUCUUGCUCAGGCGUCCUGACACUUAGAGAGCUCCAAAAGCACGUAUGCCCCACCUCAGUCGACAAGAAGACGGGCAAAGCAGAAAAGCGCCAAAAGAACAAUCCUCUCGGCAGCUCCAAAAAGAAAGAGCCAUGUUUUUUCUCAGAAGUUGGUUGUCCCUUUAAGGGUAAUGCAGACAAAGUCAAAGAACAUGAGUCGUGCAGUCACGUGGGCCAUCUGCAGCUUCUCUUGGAGGUCAUCAGGGGACUUCAGUGCAACUUAAGUUCUCAAGAGAGGGACAUCCCUGAAAACCUUGACUUUCUGCAGCCUGGACAGACUGGAUCUUCUCUUUUUUCUCAUGAGGAGAAUGAGCUCGAGACAGAUGGCGGAGAACCUGGUCUCAAUGAUAAGGCUUCCAGCCUCCAUGACGACCAGGCUGAACUUGCCGUGGGGCAGCAACUGGACACCCUGCAGCAGAGAGUGCAGGUCAUGGAGAACAUCAUCUCAGCUUUGAACCGAGAGGUGGAGAAGACACAGAUCAAUGUGGUUGCACUGGAGAGAGACAACCUCAAUAAUCAGCAGAUCAUUCAGCACCUUGAAACCAAGGUAGAGGAGCAACAGCAGUGGCUUAUCAGAAAGGACGUUCACAUUACCUCCUUACAGCAGUGCAUCAGUGGACUGCAGGACGUCUCGUAUGAUGGCACCUUUCUCUGGCGCUUGUGUGAUGUCACACAGAAUCUGAGAGAAGCAGCGACUGGCCACAAGAUCAGUCAGUACUCGCCAGCUUUCUACACUGCCAGGUAUGGAUUUAAAGUAUGCAUGCGGCUUUAUCUAAACGGAGAUGGAGUUGGAAAGGGGACACACAUCUCUCUUUUCUUUGUUAUAAUGAAAGGAGAAUAUGACGGCAUUCUUCAAUGGCCAUUCAGACACAAGGUAACGUUCUUCCUCAUAGAUCAGAACCAUAGGGAGCAUGUCAUCGACGCUUUCCGUCCAGACCUCUGUUCUGCAUCCUUCCACCAACCCGUCUCAGAGAUGAAUGUGGCCAGCGGCUGCCCCCUGUUCUUCCCACUGGGGAAAUUGAGGUCGCCUAAGCACGCCUACUGCAAGGAUGACACGAUCUAUAUCAAGUGCGUGGUGGACACGUCCUCAUGAACCUAACGGCCUGGCUGUUAAAGAGGACUGGAAAUCUAAGAGAGCAUCCUUGCCACACUACAAGAUUGUAGACAUUAUAGAUGAUUCGCACCAAAUGAGUUUGGAGAAAAAACAAACCCCAUCCUUUUCAGCUGGGUGAAGAAUGAGGCAAAUUUCCUUGGAAUAUUCAUAAACAAAACCUUUUCUCUGUUGCACUCUGUUUGUAAUUCAUUUGAGGGCUCUGUUAAGCUGCGUUUUGUACUUCAAAUAAAAUCUAAUUUGCAACGCUUUUGU